AUGCCCCAGGAGGGCCUGACGACGGGAUGUCUGUCCACUUCCGAGGGCCCGGGCCCGAGCAGGCCUGCUGCCAAAGUUGGUAACCGCAAGUCGGCAUCCGGUAACAGAGAGCAAGCAACCGCCAAAGCCAAAGCCAAAGCCCGAGCUGGUGCUGGCGCUGGCGCUGGUGAUGUGCCGGGUGUGCCGGAAGCGAUUGCCAAGUUGCCAGUGGCUGCAGCGGCUGCCAGGCUUCGCGCCAAGACUAUGCGGGAUUACAGCAACAUGCAAGUUGUGUUGCAGAAAGCCCUGGCCGCAUGCUCCGCAUCGCUUGGGGGUUUCCCCAAAACAGAUCCUGCCGAUGGAGAUGACAAUGAUGAGGUUGAAGAUGAGAAUGUGCGCUCACUUCGCUACCGCUUUGACUUGCUCACGCGUUUCUCCAGCAAAGUUCAAGUCAGGACGAAAGAUGCUGCCAGCGUAAAGCUACAAGGCGAGCUUUACGAUGGACUCGGGCAUGAUGCCUUCUUGAAGGAGGUCAUGUUGUCUGAGAACUGGACAGCAGCAUCAUGCUGGACGUUGGGCAUGAUAGAACAUUUCCGCAGCGUGGAGAUGGAGUUGCUGGGCAGCUCGUCACAGGUCUACACCCGUCAGGUCGUGUGUGACGAGGCAAUGGGCAUCAUCACGCGUGUCAGCAAGGCCCUGCUGCAAGAUGUGCAGCAAAUGGAGGCCGACCGAGCUGCGGAUGAAAAAGCAGCAAAGGCCGCCCAAGCGGCUCAGGCAGCCAAAAACAAAGCAGAGGGCGAGGGCGAGAACGGUGAAGAUCCUGAGAAAGAUAGCAAAAAACGAAGAAGACAGCGUGUGCCGGCAGAAGCUGCUGUGGGCGAAGGCAUCUUCGCAAUGACCGUGCCAAGCGAGAGCCAAGCAACAGCGGACAAUGUGCUGACGGUGCUGCGCCUGCGGAAGGGACAAGAGAAGAAAGUGAUGGAUGCCGCACCAAUGGCAAUCCCAUCUGAAACCAAAGCUGGGUAUGUGAAGACCAUCAACACUUCCAUCGUUGAGUUCGCCCAGAAGUUUGAGUCUAUCGCGGCCACCCGACCGCGAAUCACAUCACUGAUGGAGUGUCCAGCUGGAGUGCUGGGCAUGGAUGCCUUGUUGAUGGCGGAGGUUGAUGCUUGUGUCCAACAUGCUGCUAAGCCGUCCGUCAGUCUUGUGCUGGACCGUGGUGCCGUGACUUCAAUGGUGGAUGGAGAUGGCGAGUUGGACGACGCCCAGAGAACGAAAGAACACACGAAACUCAAGGGCGCCGUGUUGCAGGCCUUUGCAGCAGGUGCUACAUAUGCGGGCAACAUCCCAGGGAAUUUGGGAGCCUUCCACUAUCAACGGCAAGGAUCCAAACACGUCAUCGCAAUCAGCUAUCAGGAUGCUUUGGCACAUGCCUCCAUUGUGCGUGAGUCGGACGCUGCAAAGGCGUCUGGGAGUGACCAGGCGACUGCCACGGGCACGUCUCCGAUGAUGGAGGCUUUGAAUGCCCUGGAGAACAUGAAUGGAGAGAGCGAGUGUCCACAGGGGUUGAGACGGGCUUAUGUCUGUGCCGGUGAUGUUGUGUACUACCCGCCUUGCACACUCAUCUUGGAAUUUGCGGCGCCAGCUGGUGAUCACAACGUGGGCUUCAGAGUGAGCUCCAUGUAUGCGCCCAACGUGCCAGAGCUGCUGGACACCUUGAACGAGAUGAACAGUGUAUCUUCUGUGCCUCCUACUUCCAGCGCAUUGUGCACGAUUCAGGCCCUUGAGCGGUGGAAAGCUUCUGGUGCAGAGAGAGCUCUGCAGCUGAAGGGUGGCACACCGACCCCACUCCCGGACAACUCUUCCACUGGGUUCGCAAGCAGUGCAGUGGACACUAUCUUUCAACAGAAACCCCACGAGCUUCGCGACAUACUAUCCGAAUUGCCCGAGGCUGAGCUUCAUGCGGUGGUUCAAAAAGUGAAGAUGCACAGUGCCUUCAAUGCCUACGUUGAUUAUGUCUGUGGGGAAAUGGGAGUCGAUCCCGGACCUGGUGAAGACCAGUAUGAGUUCGGCGGUGCCGAAACUGACGUCCCAGAGGCCUGA